AUGUCAGGGCUUGUGCGCGCGGUGCGGCUGGGUGUGCGUGCCGGAGCAAACGUGGCUCGGGCCACAGGGCCCGUCCGUGGUGGCGGGACCCAGGCGCCGCGUAUGGGCCGCGCCGCCCGUGGCUUGUUUGCCGGCAAGACCGUCCGCUUUGGCAACCAUGUCUCCUUCUCCCAGCGCAAGACUCGGCGUAAGUGGGAGCCGAAUGUUCAGCGGGCGUCGGCCCACUCGGAGCUGCUAGGCCGCCCGCUGCGGGCAAGGAUGACCACCUACGCCCUGCGUUGCAUCGACAAGGCCGGCGGCAUCGACGCCUAUCUCCUUGCCAUGCCGGCCAAGCAACUGGCUGCCGAUCCGUUUGCUGCCAAGGCCCGCGCCAACAUUGUCCGCAAGCUCGAGCGCAUCCUCCCCGAGGGUGCCACCCUUGGUGAUGUUGCUGCCGCAGAGGCCGCCGUCGUCGCCAAGUACGCCACCCGCCGGGGCUGACUCGGCCGGUGAGACGCUGCAACAUACACGCCAUGCCACGCCACGCUAGCGCGCGCGACCACAUGCAGCAGAUGAUAAAACCAACACAAUCCCACG